UAUUUGAUAUUAACCAAUUCUAUAAAGCCUAUGUCCCAGGAAGGAAAGAGAAAUGUUUAGACUACAAUUGAAGAUGAAAUUAUGAAAAGGACAAAGCACCAAAGCCCAACAUUAAUGAUUUGAAACACAAUCCAACUUCAGUUAAAUUAAAUCCCAUCUAUCACCAUCUCUCAUGGGUCUCAUACUCUCAUCACUCCAAGCUUUAAAUUGCACAUAAACCUUCAAAUUUCAAACGCACAGAAAAUACAACCAGAAGAAGAUCAAAAAGAGACCUCUCCAAAAAUCCAAACCAACACACAGAGACAGAAACAGAAAGAGGAAAAAUGCUAGAUCCAAGAAAUGAUCUGCUACCUCCACCCUCAUCCCCCACCAACUCCUCCAUUUCUUCUUCCGAUCUCGACACCGAGUCUACAGGCUCAUUCUUUCACGAUCGAAGCACGACCUUAGGAACCCUAAUGGGAGUGAGCUUUCCAGCCAUCACGUUCAGAGCCCCGAGCCAACACCGCCGAGACCCCCAAGCCAACAGCAACAACAACAACAACAACAACAACAUGGCUAGUACUAGCGGAAGCGGCUCCAGGAAGACCAAGAAGCCCAAGAAGAAAAACGCCGCUGCUUCGUCAGCCGUGGGUGUGGUGGCGGAACGGCGGCGUAGGUGGUGGCGCCUCUGCCGAGACGACUGCACGAAGCCGGCUUCGCUCGGCGAGUUUCUUGAGGUGGAGAGGAGAUUCGGAGACAAUGCGUUUUAUAACACGGCUGCGGAGCUUGAAGGGGUCAUGGUGGGGCAGCCCAGAAAUGGACGGCUACUGUUUGCCGAUGGGAGGGUGCUUCCACCGUCCAAUGUUGAUGAUCGGAUUGCCACUUCAUCCACGGCUGGGGUUCUCUCUAGAUUCCCGGUUUCGAUCACUGCCAUCUGUAGUGGCGGUGUAGCAUGAAUUCUUCGCUCUUAUUUUCUCUUUCUCUUUUUCGUUUGAUCUUUUUUGUCCUUUUUUUUCUUCUUUUUUCACUUUUUAAUGACAUAAACAUUUUAGUGUAUUUAUUUGUUAUGAGGAAGUGGUG